UACAUCUCACAGUAGCUAAUUCAGUUUAGAACGCAACAUCUCGCGAAAAUGUCCGUCUCGGAGAAAGAUCGCAGUUUCACCCUGCUGGAAGCGAACCAGUCGAUUGCUGGAAUUGUGGAGGACCGUUUAUCCCAGUUUCCCGUACGAGAUGUUCCUUUCCAGCUGCUCGACUUGGAUGAUAUCGUGGCAAAGCAUAUGAACUGGGGCCGGUUGUUGCCGAGAGUGAAACCAUUUUAUGCGGUGAAGUGUAACGAUGAUGGAGCGAUCCUGGAAACGCUUGCAAUGCUAGGAACCGGAUUCGAUUGCGCCUCGAAAUGGGAGAUUGAAAAGGUUUUGGACAUGGGCGUGGAACCCGAGAGGAUAAUUUUUGCGCACCCGAUCAAGUCUUCGGAGGCGUUGCUGUUCGCGAAGAAAAAGGGUGUUAGCAGUCUGACGUUCGACAAUGAGUUAGAGUUAGAGAAAAUAGCGCUGUUCUAUCCGGAAGCUCAUCUGGUGCUACGCAUUCGAUAUGAUUCAGAUAAUGCGUUGAUAUUGCUCGGGAAGAAGUUCGGCUGUGAUGCGCAGCGGGAAGGUCCGCAGCUGAUUCGAAAGGCGAAGCAACUGAAGCUGAACAUUGUUGGAGUUAGCUUUCAUGUGGGCUGCGGAAGUUUGGAUGCCGAUUGUUUCUACAGUGCGAUAGGGGCCGCGAAGGUUUUGUUUGAGUAUGCGAAAACCCUUGGGUACAAGCCCUCAUUGCUAGAUAUCGGAGGUGGCUUCCCGGGGGAUUCCGAUAAGCCGAUAGAUGAGUUUGCAUUGGCUAUCAAUCGUGCCUUGGAUCACUUCUUUCCAAACCUCGAUGGUGUGAAUGUGAUAGCAGAACCGGGAAGGUACUACGUGGGAUCGGCCGUAAGAUUGCUGAGUGCAAUUCAUGGUAAGAAGAUUAUUCGUAGUCCGACUGAUGACUCCGAAGUACUUCAGGUGAUGUACUACAUCAAUGACGGAGUGUUUGGGACGCUCUUCGAUUGGGUAAGCUUGAGAGCCAUCAAAGAUUUGGCGAGAGUUGUUCCGGUGAUAACGGAUCAGAAAGCACAGAAGCCACGGCUGAAGACCACAUUCUGGGGUCCGACUUGUGAUUCCACGGAUAUUAUUUGUGAGAACGAAGAAUUUCCAGAGCAUGAUAUUGGAGAGUACGUACUGUUUGAAAACCUCGGAGCUUACGGGAUGUCGUUCGCAACCAAUUUCAAUGGAUUUCCCAAUCCGACAGUUGAAAUCUACGCUCGAAAGGAUACUUGGGAUUCAUUGCUACUCAUAAAGGAAGUUUGCUGGAAGAAGAAAACACUGGAUUUUCUGCAAAAAUAUUUUUGAAGGUUGAUAAUUGUUGAUUGCGUAUGAAAUUGUUCGUUAUUUUUUUACUUCGCCUA